AUGGCUCGAGUAAUUGUGGCUUCAUUUCGUAAAGCUCACGUGAAUAUGUCGCGUGAGCCCACACACUUCCAUGAGCUCUCUUCAUUGGAAUAUGAGAGCAAAUGUGCAUUCCCAGUCCGUCCUACUCCAAGUCUAAGAUUCUUAGAUAGAGCUUCACUCAAAAUCGGACCAACUCAUAAAUGGAGUCUCUGCACUAUCACAGAAAUCGAAGAAACAGAACAGAUGCUAAGAAUGUUACUUGUCCUCUUCAUAACAUUCGUCCCUGCCAUUAUGUUUGCUCAAGUCAACACUCUAUUCAUCAAACAAGGAACCACUCUCAACCGUCGUCUCACCAACAAUUUCAGCAUCCGGCCUGCAAGUCUCAUAGGCUUCACAACGUUCUCAAUGCUCGUAUCGAUAGCGAUAUAUGAUCGUAUCUUCGUUAAACUCUCAAGAAAACUAACCGGAAAUCGAAGAGGCAUCACAAUGCUUCAAAGAAUGAGAAUCGGUUUGAUCCUUCACAUCUUAAUCAUGAUCAUCGCAUCAAUAACCGAACGGUUUAGGCUCAAUGUGGCUACUAAACACGGGCUAAUCCACCAGACCGCUGUACCGCUUCCCUUGACUAUUUUCGUGUUGCUUCUGCAGUUCGUGUUAAUGGGUUUGGCUGAUGCGUUUUUUGAAGUAGGAAAGCUUGAGUUUUUCUACGAUCAAGCACCCGAGAGUAUGAAAAGCCUCGAGACAUCGUAUUUUAGCGCGAGUUUAGCGGUCGGGAAUUUCAUGAGCAGCUUUUUGCUUUCGACAGUGUCUCGGAUAACGAAGAAACGAGAAAGAGGGUGGAUUUUAAACAACUUGAAUGAGUCGCAAUAG